CACAGUCUCUGUACAAAAACACAAGCUGACACACUGACAAGCUGCUGGAAGCCUUUUUUCCACACUGUUGUACUGAACUUUUUACCUCCACUAGAGGGCCACAUUAUCAAGUAGGCGGUGCACUACUUCUGCACUGUGUUCAACCAUUCUGUCAAUAAUAACUGCUGCUGUGAAGAGAACAAUUCUCAGACUGAAUGUUGAACAUCAGAUAGUUUCUCCUGUUGAUUUAAACCUUGUUGUAGAGAUGGAACAUUGGCUGUGGAUUAUUCUUGUUGCUCUUUUCUUUGAGUGUAAAGGACAAGACAGCGUGACCCAGCCAACAGGAGAUGUCAUUGCUACUGAAGGAGACACAGUUACACUUGCUUGUACAUUUGAGACCAGUUACACAAAUCCAUACUUAUUCUGGUACAAACAGGAUGGAAACAACAGCCCUGAAUUCAUCCUGAGCCGAUUUAAACUGAACGAAGGGAACACACCAGAUGAGUUUAAAGAAAGAUUUUCAUCUACACUGGAUUCCAAUUCAGUUCCUCUGAAGAUCCAGAAGCUGCAGCUGUCUGACUCUGCUGUGUACUACUGUCGGCUCAAUGAGUUUGUAUCACUGUGGUGGACUUUUGGUGGAGGAACCAGACUGGAUGUUGGAAGUGAUGUCCGUCCCACCCUGACGGUGCUGCCCCCCUCCAGCGAGGAGCUGCAGCAGGGGAAGGCCACGCUCAUAUGUCUGGCCAACAAGGGCUUCCCCUCAGACUGGAGUCUGGCCUGGAAGGUGGACGGCAGCAGCAGCAGCAGCAGCAGCGGGGAGGAGAGCAGGAGCCCCGGGGUGCUGCAGAAGGACGGCCGCUACAGCUGGAGCAGCACCCUGAGGCUCCCUGCAGACCAGUGGAGGAAGGUGGGCUCUGUGACCUGUGAGGCCACCCAGGGCUCCCAGACUCCAGUCUCAGAGACACUGAGGAGAGACCAGUGUUCCCAGUCCUGACCUGACUCACUGGGACUCUGCUACUGGUUUUACUCUGCUACUGCUCUCACUCUGAUCUCUAAUCAGAUCAGUGUAAUAUUGUGUAACUUCAAACUGUAACAACUGCAUUACUGUAGUACUGAUGACUUAGAUGCUUGAAACAAUAAACAUUUUCUCUCUUGAAAUCAAAUAUUUUUCUGUGGAUGUUUGACACCAACAAUACAUGCAGGAUUAUAACUCUUUCUUGAUCUUAAUCUUGGGAUUAUAUAAAGUAUUGUUACAUAUCUAUGAAGUCUUUGAGUCUCAACCGACAGUGUGUCUGUUUAGCAGUGGUAUCAUAAAUCAUUAUGUAAAACAUGGUGUUAAUGGAAGGAUGAAAGGAUCCCAUAAUUUUAAAAUCCUUUCAAAAUGUAGUUUACAUUAAUAGAGUUUUGAGGAUUAGAAACAAAGUGCAGAGUAUUGUCAGCAAAAGAUGAUAUCACCUGGUUCUUCUUUUACACCAAAGGUUUCCAUGUCAGUAUGUUUGUUGCA